AUCGACCAAAACAGUUUAGUGAUGGCCGCGUUGGAUGUGGGACAGAGAGGGAUUUCUGUGAGCAUCCCAACGGCCUCUGUUUGUUCAGGGGACCAAACUUCAGAGGUGAAUGGAGAUGAGACACUCGUGAAAGACUUGUAAGUUUGUACACAACCAUUCUCAGCCCAGCCAUUUAGUGGAACGAGUGAUUAGAGUGCGAGAAAUAUUGAUGUGAGUUGCGUAUCUAUCCAUCUCUGGAGAUAAAGUUUUGAGGCAAGGAGGCGUUAAUGGCGAACUUUUUUGUGAGCUUCCGACCAACGCCCAGACGAAAUCCAAAAUGACAUCUUUACUCAAGAAGUUUGUCCGAAAGACGACAGGCUCUGUCUGCAAACACAAAAAACUCGCCGAGGAUUGGAGUACAGUCCGAGAGCCAGUCAUUGAGGGUGUUCCAUUUUACGUCAAAUACCUGGGAUCAAGUCUAGUGCAUAAAGCCAGUGGCGAGGAAUCCACAGCCGAUGCCAUCAAGACCAUCGUGGCAAUGGCCCGUAGCAAGAAGUUACCACACGUGAAGUUGACGAUCUCAUUGAGAGGAAUCCACAUGAUCGAUCUGAUCACCGAGGAAACACGACUCGAGGUGUCAGUUUACAGAAUCUCGUAUUGUUCGGCGGAUGCCACUUACGACCGGGUGUUCGCUUUCAUCGCCACCAAUAAGAACGAGACUUUGGAAUGCCAUGCUUUUCUGUGUCCCAAGAGGAAAAUGGCCCAAUCUGCUACCCUCACCAUUGCUCAAGCCUUCAAUCUGGCCUUUGAAUUAUGGCAAACCUCACAAGAGCGCAAAAGACGUCGCAGACAAAUGAAGACCUGUGCCCAGAUGUCGCCCUCGUGUUGUCGUCCAUCGUGUUGUACGGUCGUCAAUUGUCCAGUGGAGGCGGAUAGCUCACUUCCCAGCUCGGGUCGUUUCCAGGAUGGAAAGUGCAAUCCGUCCAGCUCGAUUGUAACAUGUUCCUCGAGUACAUCCUGUUGUUCAGCUAGCACGUGUUGCUAUUCCAGACCACCCGUCGUAGUACAAAGCCUCAAAGACCCCAUGCCCAUCAAUGAACCAGGUUCAAUCCCAACCAGCCGUCAACAAGUGCCAAACAAACCCUCUGUGUCGAAUUCGUCGAGUUCAUCAUCGGGUUACAACUCGUCCCAUGAGAGCCGAAGCGGUCCCCAUCACGAGCCAGUUCUCGUUGAGCCUUCUCAAAAGAGCCAAAUCCCCAAUGAAGGCUUUAAGGAUGGAGUUGAACCUCGAGUGGGCCGUGCUCCUCUUCCAUCUCCCCCUCUUUCUGCCUCUCAUAACCUCACGAAUGGCUGGAAAGCCGGCGAGGACAAUGUACUGCUAAUAAAGAACCAGGACCACGACCACCUUCUCAUCGAUCUAAAUUUCUCGAAUAACUUUGAGGAAGCUCCCUGUAAUGGAAAAGAAGGGCCCCGGGUGGAUCCGUGGCAACCUUGUAGGUCGAAUCAAAACCAAGAAGAAACCAAGGCAGGUGACGAGAUCUCGAGGCAGAACAAGAAAGAACCAUUAGAUACCAUGGACUGCCAACAGCACGAGCGAGGAAAUUGGGUCCAUUUUGGAUCCGAGGAGAGCGAAGAUAUGAACCAUAGCUUCACCGAGCUCGCUCUUAGACAGAGCACUCAUCCGUUGAUUCAAGCUUUACCACAAAACGCCCACAAUCUGGCUUUGGAUGCAUUUGUCUCUCCUUCCCAUCACAAAAGGCCUUCCAUCUACGAGAGUCCUUUGAAGACCUCUCAUCUUUCAACCCCAGUGAAAUUGAAUAAGACCCCACACCAACAUCUCGUCGCCACCUCCAACACAAGGGUGCUUGAGGACAUUGGAUACUCUCCCAAAUCGAGUCAACCUGUCCUCACGGAGCACAAUAGCGAGCUCUUCUCGUCACCCGUUCCUACAAGGAGAACCUUCGCCACUGUCCAAAAUAACGUGUCUCUCAAUGGAAGUAAUCGUCGUCAAGUCAUGUCCGGAAUGAAUGGCCUGGGACCCCCUUCGGCCAUUCCAGCCAGACUCGGAGGCCAUCCGUGCCAGACUGGACCACGAUUAAUGAUGGACAAAUGGAGUGCGCAAUCAUCCGUGGAUUUGUCCAGCUCUCAAGCGUUCCAGUCUAGUGGGUCCAUCAAGGGCGGUGGCAGUCCUCUCCCAAUGGUUGAUUUGCUAGCUUAGUACGGAAUGAAAGCGAGAAAUAUACACAGCUUUUAAUGCCGAAUUGGAAGGUGUUUAUUUCAAGAAUUUAGAGGCCAAAAUUGAACAAACUUGUUUUUCUUUCUUUUGUAGGGUUUUUGUCAUUUCAUUUUUUUGGAGUGGAUCUUCACCGAUCCACGGUGGUUUUCUUGGGUUGUUCUGUUAUCUGUUUUAUACUCUUCUUGCGUAAGAGGUUUAGAUAUAU